GUGAGUAACACACGUCUCCUCUCGCUCUAGUCGACCCUAAGGAAAACGUAUCCCGGUGAAGUGAGCCAGCGUAGCACCUUCUUAAUAGUACUCAAGUGAAUGUUACUGUGGGUGUUGUUGGUAAAAUGCUUGCAUACCCGAUAUACAACACAGAUAUAUUGAUCUGAUAAGAGGCAGAGCACCAGUGAAUUUGAGCGGAGAAGACGAUGCGAUGAUGGUACGGUGAAGCCAGCAUCUAGGAUGCUGUUGCUGUCACCAAGACGCAAACAUCACUUUGAUAGUGGGUAACCUCGUGUCUGGCCCGGUCAUUCGCCGACUAUCACUACCCACUUCACCAAUCCUGGAAUAAUGACUACACAAACAUUGCCUGCCAAUGACACUCUCACCUCCAGCUCUUCUCAAGAAUUCAGCCCGGUGGUGACUGCGGCGCUGUUGGCUGUGCUGGGCGUUGUGUUCGUCUUCGGGACUGUCGUCAACACCUUAGUCUUCCUGGUCUUUUACCGUAGACCCUCCCUCAGGUCACUCUCCAACAGGUUUGUGUUGUCGCUCACUUCGGCCAACUUGGUGUCCACGGUGCUGGUGGUGCCAGUACAAGCACUGAGACUAGGUGGCCUUACUCCCCUCCUGUCACCCGCUACUGCUACAGGCGCUGAUGGGGGCCACUAUGUCAGCCGCGGUGACGAGGAGUUCUGGUGGUGCCAAGUCUCCAAGGCUCUCAUGGCACUGGCUGUAGAGGCGGCCAUCUUCUCCGUUUUGCUCAUCGCUGUUGACAGGUACUGCGCCGUCACCUCUCCUCUCCAUUACUCCAUGACUAUUACUCGGGGACGCAGCGUGAGGCUCAUAGUGGGCGUAUGGAUGUUGGCUCUCCUCUACUCCCUACCACAGAUUCUCGCCCACACACACGCCCACCUACGCCCAGCCUCUCGUCUUGCAGCCUGUCCACCUGGUCAGGACGUGGUAUCAGCAGUGCCCAUCAAGUUUGGGAUGUAUUACGCUGUGCUUCUUGCUCUCUGUGGGUUCUUGGUGCCACUGUUCGUGCUGUGUUGGAUCUACGUUCGGAUGUACAGAGCAGCCCAGCGCAACUCUGCCCGCACGAGGCGCCACAGUCUGGGACACAACCCAGCAGAGAUCAUCAUCCCGGACUGUCCGUCCACUCCGGACUCCGGCAACCACAACUCUGUUAGGUGUAAGACAAGGCUACACCGACGACGCUCAUCCAAUAUCAGCUUCUCUUCUCUCUUUUUUCGAGAGGAGGGACGAGCCGUUAAGACGGCGGUUAUCGUUAUAGCUUCUUUUGUAAUGUUUUGGAUGCCGUAUUUCGUUUUUAAAAUAUUUGAGGCUGGGGGAUGGACAAAAGAUAUUCCAUACGUGGAUGAGGCAGUAACCUAUAUAGCUCUGGCAUCAUCUUGUACAAGUCCGUUUAUAUAUGUUUAUCGUAAUGAGACAGCGAGUAAAGAAGUGUUGAAGAUAAUAUGCUGGUGGAGACCACCCAGCCCUGCCACACCAUCCUUCUCACGCUCUUCACUUCACCCCAAGAUGGGUAAUGGUCACGCCACCACGCCAGUGCGGAUCAUCGAGCCAGACACGGCGUCACUCUAUGGUUACACAGCUGAGUGUGGCGCGUGUGGUCACAACCAACUGGUGUGUUCACUGAGGAACGGCAGACCCGUGACCUCGCCAUUACCCCCUGAACAGCGGAGAGCAACCAGUCCGCGUCGCGAGAGUUCUGUCUCCUUCAAGUUAACGCCAAUGGACCGCUCGUCGUCCCGCUGUCGCCAGUGUUUGCGUCAGGACUCUGCUUCAUCAGCGUCUUCUGAUGACCCAUUAUUGAGUGACUGUUAUCGCCACCACCGACCCUCAAAUCCGUCUGUUAGAUGGACGCGGCCAAGAAUGUCUAACGGAUCAGUGACAACAAGAAGCGACUCACUCGCCUCUACCAACUCGUCAGUGCUGAGCGCCGGCAUCCAGCGGUGGCCGAUGAGGCGCUAUUCCACUGUAUCAACCGACAGCGGCGGAACCAUCACCCGACGGAGUGCGCAUGAGGACCCCGAUGAUGAAGUUGGGGUGGGACGCAUCCAUCACCCUGGAGGGCAAAGAUCACUUUUCUUGGAAAGUGAAGAAGAUAAUUACGAAGCCGGUACCAGUCAGCCAGAGAUUCAUGGCUAUGCUAAUCCCUUCCGGCAUCCUCGCUUGAGCCAUCGGCAUGAGUCAAUAGGCUCAUCGGUAAGAUUCAUUUGGGAGAUCGAGGAAGGGGACGGCCACGACGACGACAUAACAGAGGUGGAGCCACGAGACGUGCCUCCUAGGUGACCUUUGGCUAGAUCGCCCUCACUCAUGAACCUGGCCGGAGCCUGCCAGAGGGACGACUCGGAGUACUCGCCCAAUAAAGCCACCUCUUGGAGACUCUCAGUGUAAAUAAACUGGACACGUACAGUAUAUGGAGACCAGUGGUGAACAUUACUUAUCUGUGUUAUCAAGUCGUAGGAGAUACAUUAUCACUUUUACAUGUAUAUUGUUAAAGCAAAUCUCUCUCUCUCUCUCUCUCUCUCUCUCUCUCUCUCUCUCUCUCUCUCUCUCUCUACAACAAAAGUUUCAUUCCUUGGCACUGGUGUCUCUGGCCCUCGAGGAAUGUUACACCUCCCGGAAACAUCACAGGAGCCAGCGGAAUAAGUUAUACAUAAGUUUCUUUGCUUAGUCUUAAUAUUUAUGGUUAACCUCAUUAAUGUUUUACCGAUUUAUUACAUUAAAUGUCUUAUUGCAGAAAAAAGGUUAAUCACACUACCCCCCAAAACAUGAAUAAAGUUAAUUUAAAAAAAAGGAACAUGAUAGAAUAGCAUUGGCAACCAACGAGACUAAAGCAUUAGAUAGUUCAUGACUUAUGACCUGACCUGACCCAACCAACGAGACUAAAGCAUUAGAUAGUUUAUGACUUAUGACCUAACCUGACCUGACCUGACCCAACCAACGAGACUAAAGCAUUAGAUAGUUUAUGACUUAUGACCUGACCUGACCUGACCCAACCAACUAGACUAAAGCAUUAGAUAGUUUAUGAUUUAUUACAUGACCUGACCUGACCUGACCUGACCCAACCAACGAGACUAAAGCAUUAGAUAGUUUAUGAUUUAUUACACGACCUGACCUGACCUGACCCGACCCAACCAACGAGACUAAAGCAUUCGAUAGCUUAUGAUUUAUUACAUGACCUAACCUAACUUAACCUAGCCAAAGUCUCGGUCGCCAUUAAUUACAAACACUAUACUAUAAACUGUAUCUCAUUGCAUGGAAACUUACCACAUGAUUAGUUACCUUAACCUACUGGUGCAAUAAGAUAUAUUAUUUAGCAACAACAAACAAUGGUACAACACUAAAUAAGGAGACUGAGCAGCAAAGCUUCCGUAUUACCCACAAAUGUUGAUCUUUUAAGGUAUGACGCGUCUGUACUGUACUGUACUAUGUUGUACUGUACUGUACUAUGUUGUACUGUACUAUGUUGUGCUGUACUAUGUUGUACU